UCUAUUUCAGGAUUGUGCCGAAAUUUUAUUUCUACCUGGUCGAUUUUUUCCGUCGCCGAUCGCAGAGCUUUUCCGGCCAAAAGAAUGGAAGCUUACAGUCUAUCAGCUCCGGCAUCUUCGCCGGCCUUCUCCUCGAGCUCUUCAAUUCACGGUCGAAGAGUUAUCAGUACUCCGUGCUCUUUCAUUUCAAAACCUCGUGGUCUCAGCAUAAAUUGCGGCGUUCGAUUCCGCCCUUGUAUUGAUAUUCACAAGGGAAAAGUAAAGCAAAUUGUGGGUUCUACUCUUCGGGAUCUGAAGGAGGAUGAUUCAAGUCUGAUAACCAAUUUUGAAUCGAACAGAUCAGCAGCUGAGUAUGCGAAUCUCUAUAGAGAAGAUGGACUUAUUGGUGGCCAUGUGAUUAUGCUUGGAGCUGAUUCUUCCAGCAUAAAUGCAGCUACUGAAGCAUUGCAUGCUUAUCCUGGUGGAUUGCAACUUGGAGGAGGGAUCAAUCCAAGUAAUGCUCUUGAUUACAUACAAAAAGGAGCAAGUCAUGUCAUUGUCACGUCUUAUGUUUUCAACAAUGGCCAAAUGGACCUUGAGAGGCUAAAAGAGCUCAUUCGCAUUGUUGGAAAAGAAAGGCUUGUGUUGGAUCUUAGUUGCCGAAAGAAGGAAGGAAAAUAUGUUAUUGUUACCGAUAGAUGGCAGAAGUUCACAGACGUAUAUCUUGAUCAGAAGAUAUUGGAUUUUCUUGCAACAUAUGCUGAUGAGUUUCUUGUCCAUGGCGUUGAUGUUGAAGGCAAAAAAUUGGGAAUUGACGAAGAGCUCGUGGAAUUACUAGGGAGGCUUUCACCUAUCCCGGUCACAUAUGCGGGUGGAGUCACUGUGAUGGAGGAUUUGGAGAGAAUCCGAGUGGCUGGUUUGGGAGGAGUGGAUGUGACAGUUGGUAGUGCUUUGGAUAUCUUUGGCGGAAAUUUGGAAUACAAAGACGUGGUUGCUUGGCAUCUUGAGCAAAACAAAGUGGCCUUUUAACCAAGGCAGCUGGUUUUUCAGUCCUAUUUAUUUCUCUUUUUUAGAAUGAUUCAUCUUUCUUGAAUUUUCACAUUUUUGAAUUGAAUCUACAUCCUCUGUUUUGGCAUGUAAGGUCUUGUUUGAUUUCAAACUUAGGAAGGAAUUAUUGUAUUGUAGUUUAUGAGAUGUUGAGGUUUGUUUAUUUAUCUUUUGUUUUCUUCU